CUACGUUAAAUAUUUUGUCAGGCAUUUAAACGUACUGAGUGCGGGCCAUAACGAAAUAGUUGGCAACGUUUUUGGCCCAUUGUGCGAGCUGUUACGCGUCAAGGCGUCGCUAGCCACGUCGACGUGGCUAAUUGAAGGCAAUGCCAAGCCACAAGUGACAUAAACUCGCGGAGACUCAAUCGCAACAGUUCUUAAAAAACAUUCAAUUAAUUGUUGAACGAUCGAGAAGUUUGCAAUGCACUGCGCGAAAUAAAUAUGCAAUUAGCAAUAAAUGUCAAAUACAAAUAAAAUCCAACCACUGAGCUUCUGGCUGGCAGAAAGCCAGCAAACGUAACCCGCAGUCAACAAAACAGCUAACAGAAGGCAGACAACACACACACACACACACACACACAUAGAGAGAGGAGCGUCCAACCAUGUCGAGCGCCAGUCUGCUUGACGCGCUCUGCUGCGGCAGCGGCGCUCGCCUGGCGCUGGGCACCUCGGUAAUUACCUACCUGAUAGCCUAUAAUGAGGCUGCCGCCCCGGGUCUGGUCUUUGGCACAGUGCUGGCCACCAUUUAUGGCACUAUGGCAGCGCGCUGCAAGUCGAGUCUGCGCAGCCUGCAAAUGCCCUAUGUGCGGGCCACAAACAAAUUUGACUUUGGCUGCCUAUUUCUGGCCACCUGGAUGGAUGCACUGACGGCCAUGUGCGCCUGUGCGGCGCUCGCUCGCACUCUGAGCGCCUGUCUGGAUGCCAUGACGGGCGGCUUGGCCAGAAUACUUAUACUUGGCCGCAAUUCACCCGCCAAUGAACCUUGGCCGGAUGUGCUUGGUGUGGCCGUUGUCUUUCUGGUCACUGGCAUGUUCAUGCUGGGUCUCGAGCACUCGAAGGCCUUCAGCUUCAUCAUGACACUCGGCAUGUUCGGUCUCAAUGCAAUUCUCAGCGCUGUCGGCUGGUGGCGUGGCGAUUUUCUGGCCUGGUCGGAGAACUACUUUCAGCCAAACGGCAUUAGCAGCUUCCUCUUGACGACCGCAUUGCUAACCUAUGCGUUUCCCAGCGUUUACCCUCAGCAGCAUCGCGGUGGUCGCAUCACGGCGUUCAUGGUCGUAGCUCUGGUGUGCAUUUCGUUGCUGCUGACCGCCAUUUGUCUGUCCACAGUGCUGCAUUUCAAAACCCGGGAAGAUUAUGUGGCCGUGCCGCUCUUCAACAUAUUGGAUGACAGUGGCUUCCAUAAGCUGGUGCCUGCCUCUGCUUGCAUGUUGCUGUUGACCAGCUCGGCGGCGUUUCUAGAAAUCUUUCCCGAACUAUAUGGCAUCGUGGUGCGUCUGGCCACCUCCGAGUGGCGCAUUCUCAGCAAGCAAAUCAGUUACGAGAGCUCGGACAGCGGCAAUCCUGUUCUGGCCGUCUUCAUAGCGGGCAGCCUGUGCGCCAUGUUGGCCUUCGCCUGUCCCUUGCAGCAUCUCAGCUACUGCCUGGCGGCCAGUCAUCUAACGGCCGUUUUUCUGCGUGCCUUCUACUUGUUAUACAUCCCGUAUCGCCCCAAGUUCAUGCAGCCCAGCAGCAGCGAGUCCUCCCUCUCCUACAGUCGCCUCUCCACGGCGCCCAUAGCCAAGAGCAGCAGCAGCAGCAGCGCCGCCACGGCCAGUUCCAGUCGCGUGAAGCGCAGUCUCUGGAACAUUGGCUUGCCCAAACAGAGGGGCCUGAAGAAGCCGAAGAAUAAGCAGCGCAAUAAGCCAGAGGUCGAAAAGGAAUGGCUACUGCUGGGCGAACCAACGUCGCCCUGCCCUCAGCGCGAGGGCAGAGAUGUGGAGUCUACCAUAUUGUCAGAUAGCGAGCCACCGCCAUCUGACUUUGAGUAUCCUGAUAAGUUCGACAAAAGCGAUUCGGAUACCUCAACGGACAUCGAUGCUAUAGUUGAUGAGUAUCGUCAGAAGGUAAAGGUGACCACAGCUGGCCCGCUGGAGCGAAGCGUUCGGGUGCCCACCGUCAGCUCGUGGAGGGUGACAAUUUUUGCGAUUGUCGUCAUCGGAUUGGGUAUCGCCCUGUGUGUGGCUGGCCUGGUGCUGCGCUGGGCACCUGCCGCAUUCACCGGCGCAAUUGGCGUCUUUAUUGUGGCCAUUAUGAUGGGCAUCAUACCGCAGUACACGGGCAGCGUGAUCAAUGUGAGUCCCGUGCUGUGCGCCAUGUGCCUGCUGCUGAGCGUUGUCUUCUUCUCGGCCUGUGCGGUCCACUCCUGGCCUGGCGUGCUCGUCUGGCUGCUCGGCGGACUCAUUCUGCUGAUGCGCUGUGAUAAAUAUUGCUGCAACUGCUUCGAUCAGACAACCAUAUUGAAUGCCCAGCUCAUUCCCAGUGUUUCCGGCAAGGCAUCGACAUCGGCGGCAGCGGUUGCAGCCACCAGCAUUAGGAUGCCGCGUCCGCCCAAGGGUGUGAUUAGCUUGCCGCAACGCGUCAGCGGCAUCAGAUGACAGUCGGAGUCCUCCGAAGAGGAGGGCGAGGAUCUGUUUCACGAGGACUUCAAUGUGCGCGACUACGAUGAGGAUGAUGCCAAUGAGGAUUGCUGGACUGACUAGCUGGCAGCCUUUGUGUGACGCCUUUUUAAUGUAGCUAGGCUUUUAACUAUUAGAAUGCGGAUUAUCAAUGACGAAUCUUGCUUGAAGCUAGUAUUAUACAAACUAUAAAUUUAUAUAUUUAUGUAUGCCAUCAUUCUAGCUAGAGUCUAUUAUAUACAAACAAAUCUAUAUGUUUCU